AUGUCGCUGCAUUAUGACGCUGCCGUCACCACCACGCGCGCAAUGCCGCUCACGCCGUCCCACCCAACAAAGAGGGAAGGGAGAGAGGAGGAAAGGAGGGGGGAAAGGAGGGGGAGGAAGGGGAGAGGAGAGGAGAAGGAAAAAAGAGAGGAAAGAGAAGAAGAGAGAAUGAGGAGGAAAAGGAGGAGAGAAGGAAAGGGUUCAAAAGAGAGAGGAGAGAGAAGA